CAUCGACGUUUUGUGCGAGGGUUAGUAAUCGACCACCGUCAAUAUUGCACUUCUCGAUCUCUCUCUCACCUCUCUCUGCGCCGCUCAACCUCUCUCUUCCUCCAUAUCUGCGCGAAAGCUUCUUCUUCGAUCUCCUUCCGAUAUCUUCGAUCCCAAAGCCAGAAGUAAUACGAAGCCUAUCACCUUCACUGUACCCACCACCUACAUAAUCGUUAGUGAUAAUAUGCAGUCAGUUUUAUCUAGCACGAAUCUGUGCUGAAGCUCGUCACUUUUUCAGUUCAUAUUGAAGGUUCUGUUUGUUUGGAAAAAUGCUAGGUUCUUUGCCAAUCUUGCCCCUCCCUGCUCCUCCUUCCGAUGGAAAUCUUGGCCCGCUUCCCGCAUCUCAAGUGUCUGAUGUGGAAAUGGAUGAAAGGCCAUCUAACGAGGAGCAGAAUAAAGCUAAUUCGGCUCCUGCAACGGUUGCAACUCAUACGAGAACUAUUGGAAUUAUUCAUCCUCCUCCAGACAUCAGAACCAUUGUUGACAAAACUGCCCAGUUUGUUGCUAAGAAUGGACCAGAGUUUGAAAAGAGGAUUAUUGCAAAUAAUGCUGGAAAUGUGAAGUUCAAUUUCUUGAACGGAUCAGAUCCCUACCAUGCAUAUUAUCAACAUCGUCUGUCUGAAUUUCGUGCUCAGAAUCAGUCUUCUGCGCAGCAGCCUUCUUUGCUACCUGCUGAUUCUGCUGCGCCUGAGCCGGUCCCAUCUGCUCCAGCCGCUGAUGGGAACGAAGCAGCAGCAGCAAAGGUGGAUCUGUCUGCCCAGUUUAUGCCCAUACGCAAAGCUGUUGAGCCCCCAGAAGCUGAGCAGUAUACUGUUCGGCUUCCUGAAGGAAUUACUGGAGAAGAACUGGAUAUAAUUAAGCUCACGGCACAGUUUGUGGCUCGAAAUGGGAAGUCAUUCUUGACAGGAUUGACAAGCAGGGAAAUCAAUAAUCCACAGUUUCAUUUCUUGAAGCCUACUCACAGUAUGUUCAUGUUUUUCACUUCGCUUGCCGAUGCAUAUUCAAAAGUCUUGAUGCCUCCCAAGGGUUUGACAGAGAAGCUAAAGAAGAGUGUCCCUGACAUGACGACUGUGCUUGAACGAUGCAUGAAUCGGCUUGAGUGGGAGAGGUCACAAGAGCAGGCUAGGCAGAAAGCUGAGGAUGAAAAGGAGCAGGAAAGAAUAGAGAUGGCUAUGAUUGAUUGGCAUGAUUUUGUUGUGGUGGAAACAAUAGACUUUGUGGAUGAUGAGGAUGAGGACUUACCUCCUCCAAUGACCCUUGAAGAGGUUAUAAGAAGAAGUAAGGUGUCAGUUGCGGAAGAAGAUAUUGUUGAGCCAGGAAAGGAGGUGGAAAUGGAAAUGGAUGAAGAAGAAGUUCAGCUUGUUGAAGAGGGCAUGAGGGCAGCUAGUCUUGAAGAGAACGAUGAUGGAAAGAAGAAUGACAUGAAGAUAACAGAAGAACCUGAACCACCAAUGAGAAUUGUGAAGAACUGGAAGAGACCUGAGGAUAGGAUCCCUGCAGAAAGAGACCCAACAAAAUUUGUUGUUUCUCCAAUUACUGGUGAGUUAAUCCUCAUUAACGAGAUGUCCGAACACAUGAGGAUUUCCCUCAUUGAUCCCAAGUACAAAGAGCAGAAAGAAAGGAUGUUUGCUAAGAUUCGGGAAACUACACUUGCUCAGGACGAUGAAAUCUCCAGGAACAUUGUGGGACUUGCCCGAACCCGUCCAGAUAUUUUUGGUACCACAGAGGAAGAAGUCUCUAAUGCUGUCAAGGCUGAGAUUGAGAAGAAGAAGGACGAGCAACCGAAACAGGUCAUAUGGGAUGGUCACACUGGAAGCAUUGGACGCACCGCAAACCAGGCCAUGUCGCAGAACAUGGUCGGAGAGGAUCAAAAUGACGCUGCCAAUAAUGACGCCAGAAACCUUCCUGGUCCUGCAGCUCCUCCUCCUAGACCUGGUAUGCCAUCCGUUCGUCCACUUCCUCCACCACCUGGACUAGCCUUGAACCUUCCUCGUAUGCCUCCAAACACAGUCCAGUAUUCUGCCCCAUCUAGUGUUGGGCUCCCUGUACCCCCACCCAGGCAACCAGUCAUGCCUAUGGUUCCUUCUGUUAGGCCGCCGCCACCUCCAAUGUCAAUGGCUUCUGGACAGCAAUCUCUUUUGGUUAAUCAACCACCCCCAAUGCCACCAUCAAUGUCUAUGCAUGCUCCUAGUAUGCAUGUACCACCUCCACCUGGUUCUCAGUUUACGCCUAUGCCAGUUCCCCGAAGUUAUGUUCCUCUUCCUGUACCCCCACCUACCAUGCCUAUGAUGCCUCCACCACCGUUGCCUCAUGGAAUGCCUCCACCACCACCACCAGAGGAAGCUCCUCCACCGCUUCCAGAUGAACCAGAGCCAAAGAGGCAGAAGCACGAUGAUUCUUUGCUUAUCCCAGAAGACCAGUUUCUUGCUCAGCAUCCGGGGCCCGUCCGUAUCACCAUAUCUGUUCCGAAUGUUGAUGAAGGAAAUCUCAAAGGGCAGAUUCUGGAGAUCACAGUGCAGUCAUUAUCUGAAACUGUUGGCAGUCUGAAGGAGAAAAUUGCAGGGGACAUCCAACUUCCUGCCAAUAAGCAAAAAUUGAGUGGGAAACCUGGCUUUCUCAAGGACAAUAUGUCUCUGGCAUAUUACAAUGUCGGAGCAGGAGAAAUGCUUGCCCUUUCUCUAAGAGAGCGGGGUGGUAGAAAAAGAUAAACAGCUUCCUUGACCGGGACAUUUAAGGUGGCUGGCAUGGUGGACAAUUCUUGUUACCCAGAGUAUUCCAUAUUUUACCGUGGGACUUUGUUGUUCUAUCUUGAUUAUGUCUUGGACACGUGACUGGUAAUAUAUCUCUAGGAUGAAUUUCAUACCUAUCAAAAAAAUAUAUCUUUAGGAUGACUUCCUGAAUCUAUUAUUUUGUCUUUAACCUAAUGACAAGCAUGCCAUCCACCACAGAUCCAGCUUUGUUGGGUGAAUGCCUCUUAAAGGGCAAGGGGCAGUUGACAAGCUCUUUUUGCUUAGGCUACUUAUGUUUGGAUUCAUGAAAGGUCUGUUUCACCCUGCAUAUGUUUCUUAAGCAGGUUGGAGAGUUCUUCCAUUUUUCCCUUUUGAUAUAGCAUUCCUUGUCCUUGUGUUUCACAGCUCUGAUGGCAGCUAUUUACACAUUUUGCAGCAUUGAUUGUUGCGAUUGGAGUAAGAGUGGGGAGCAGAUGAAUGUUUACUUUUAUCUCACUCGUUACUAGGACUUGCAUUCCUGUAUAUACUUCUGGAUUUUUAUUUUUCAAGAUCAAUACUAUGGUCUUGUCAUAUACGUUGGAAGCAAAUAUUUUGAGUAACGAAAAUGUUAAAGAGUA